AUGAACUGCUCUUCGACUGCGUUAGAUUACGUACACAUUGUCUAUCUAAACCUACUAUAUUUACUCGCGGAAUUCAUAUAUAUGGCCGGACGAUUCGACGCUCAAUCUAAGGGCUGGCAGAGUUACUCGAAACCUAUCGGACGACUACAUUCGUACGGUACGAAAUUCGGUCACUACAGAGAAGGAGCCAAAACCUUACCCGAAGACGACGAGUGUAUAUAUUACCCUACUGUUUACGGCAAGGAGGAUAAGUUGAAGAUUGUCAGCAACCCGGGUUACGGAGUGUAUGGUAAAUCCGAGUUUAAGACAAAAGACGCGCGGUUUAAAUCGACCAAAUUCGAUUCGUAUGAUACGGCGGAUGAUGAAGGCAUAUACGAAGUCCUAAACUGUACGGUCGCUCAACCGGCUUCGUCGCCACCACUUCGUACGCAAUUUGGGAACAGAAAUCCCCAUACCCCCGUCCCAAGGAGCGUGCUUCGUGCGUUGAACAACGACUUCGCGCAAAACACGGGUCGAGUGUUGACAUUUGAACCGAGCAGCUGUCGGCGCCAAUCGCCUGAUUUCACGAAGAACAACAACAACGAUGAAAAGACUAAAUUUGCCGGUCAUAAUGGCUUUGUUUCGCCACAAUCCGAGCACAGCUUGAUCGAGCACGAAGACAGCGAAGAGCUGUUAGACUAUUGUACCUGUAUGUGCGUUGUGAAAGGAGCGUUUUACCAUUUCACAAAGGACAGUGAAGACGAAGGACAUCUCGCUGAUCAGCCAUGUUCAUGUGCUGGCCCGAUGAGUCAAUGUUUACCACGUUGGGGCUGCCUUGGCGUGUUCGCCAUGUUCUUCCCCUGCCUAUGGUGCUACCUACCAAUAAAAGGGUGUAAAAAACUCAGUAACCUGAACAACUGCUCGGAUACUAAAUCUCUUGAGAAAAAGCCAGGGAAAUAA